AUGUCCACAAAGCCAGCUCUCUCCGGUCGCGCUGCAAAGCUUGAGAACCUCUUCUACUCGUUCAUCAAGGGCGAUCGCUCUGUGCAGAAUUCGCAAGAGGCCAAACAAUUCUUUGAGGCAGUGGAUGUUGUAUGCGAGCAUACUUCUGCUGUAGCCUGCAUCGAACACAUUAUUGGGAAAAAAGAGGGCUUAAGCACUGUGAGGGUCGCAAUUCGCAGCAACCUUUCGCGUGCAUUCAUCACAACUGCUACAACGGCCUUCCUCAAACGAGUCUUGCAUCAUGAUGUCAAAACCAUCAAUGACGGUCUGUUCCUUGAGAAGUUGCUUGUCGAAAUUAUGUCACCUUCUACCUUCUGGACUACGUUCCUUGGAUUCUAUCAAUGCAACCAACUCGAAGGCGACACUUUGGUUGCUUUUGCAUCUCUCUGUCUGGAGAUUGUGUCUUCGUCAUCGCCCGAUAUCCAAAUCCUUUCACACGAUGUGGAAUCCCUCAUGAAAAUCUCUCCAUUGACGAAAUCGCCAUUGGAAGAGGUGCGCACUCUUGGUUAUCGCAUCGAGAAGGUGAUCCAGCUACGCAAGGGACAAGCAACUGCAUCGGUUAAAAUGAACUACAGCCCUGGCGGCAGACAUGAUAAUGAUUUCGAGGACUUUCGCAAGAUCUCCAUAUUCCCAACAGCGGAUGAAGUGAGCUCAAAGGAAGAGCCGUUUCUCCAACGAUUGGAUGAUGUAUUUGAGAUUCCAAGAGAGUCACGUACAAGCAGCUAUAUCUCUUGGCUAUUCAGGCUUCUUCGCGAAGAUAUGCUGGCAGAUUUGAGAGAGGAUCUGCAGAUCGCAUGGGGUCAGAAAAAGGCCAAGUAUAAGCCGCUCUGUUUGGGCGGUCUCAGCUUGUGUCGAGAGGGGAUCAAUUUUCCUCAGAAUAAACGCUCUCCUGAGGCCAAAAAGAAGUACCUUGAGGAGUACAAAAACUUUGUGAAGCACGGUGCAAUCGGAGCUCUCUGUUUGGAGAAAGACAUCAUUGCUUUUGGCUCCAUCGUACGAGAUGUAAAUGGCCUUAUUAUGGAUCAUCCAGUGGUGGGCAUACAAGUCACCGACAAUGCUGGUCUGAAACUGGCCGUCAAGUUUUACGUCGUCGAUACCGCGACGUUUUCCUAUGAGCCAAUUUUACAGCGUUUGAAGGAAGUCACAGAGAUUCCGAUUGAGAAUGCAAUUCUUGAUCCGGCCGGACCUCCAUCGACAUACGACCCUCCUCCAAGGUUGCAGGCUUUCAUCCGGGAACUCAGAAAUUGUCGUCAAAAGGGAUUGGGGGCAGAUUUGGGACCUAAACUUGGCUUCAAGCGCACUAUACAUAUUCAAGAUGCACAGCUCGAGUCGCUCAUCAAGGGUUUGGAGAAUCCUGUGGGCCAAAUUCAAGGUCCCCCGGGAACUGGCAAAUCUUUUAUCGGGGCCAUAAUUGCAAAAGUCCUCAUGCAACUUACGGAAUACAGAAUCUUGGUUCUCAGCUAUACAAACCAUGCUUUGGAUCAGUUCCUCGAAGAUCUCAUGGAUAUUGGAAUCGAUGAAAACAACAUGGUACGAAUUGGUUCCAAAGCUACAUCGAGGACCGAUGCCCUACGAAUCGACAACCUCUCAAGAAUUCCUCAGGGUCGCUCCAGCCUUGAUAUCAGGCCAAUGCUAAAUGCUACGAGGAGCGAACAGCUAGACACGGCGACACGGUUGGACAAUCUUAUACAGUCAUUGAAGUCCCAGGUUCCGCUACAGGAAAUUCUGGAUACGCUGGAAUUUUCCGAUUCUGGAAUGCGCUACUGGAGCGCUUUCCAAGUCCCUGAUGGGGAUCAAAUAGCAGGAAAGAAGAAUAAGGCAUUAAAACCUGUUGACGUCUUUGAUCGCUGGUUGAAUGGAAAGAACUUAGGGUCUCUAGGGAUGUUGGCGGCACAUAUUGAUCCUGAAGACUAUCCAAUUUGGAAUAUUCCACCAGAACGCCGACAGACCCUUUAUAACGAAUGGGCGAAUCAGGUUCGUCAAGAGCAGAUCGACAGCCUCUUCAAAGAAAGUAAGAGGAACGUCGUGAAAAAUAGACGAAUCAUUGGCUGUACUACGACUGGUGCAGCAAUGUACCAAUCUAUCAUCAGAGCGGCUAGCCCAGAUAUUGUUCUUGUUGAAGAAGCCGGUGAAAUCCUAGAGGCUCAUGUCAUCACUUCUCUCAGCCCAUCUGUCAAGCAGCUGAUUCUUAUUGGCGACCACAAGCAACUUCGUCCAAAAGUCAACAACUACAAUCUCACUGUGGAAAAGGGCGAAGGUUUUGACUUAAAUGUCUCACUUUUCGAACGCCUCAUCAGGCAGGGUCACCGAUUUGCCGUCCUACAAGAACAGUUUCGUUCUCACCCUGACAUCUCACAAUUUGCUCGUCUUUUAGCAUAUCCGGAACUAAAAGAUGUACCAAAAACACACCACUACAAGCCGAUACGCGGACUGCAAAAGAGAGUUGUCUUUGUGCAUCACGAACAUCCAGAAGAGCAGUUAAAUAAUGUUUCUGACCGGAGAGAUCCGACCUCAAAGACCAGCAAGAAGAAUACCUUUGAAGCCGAGAUGGUCUUGAAAACGGUCAAGUAUCUGAGUCAACAAGGUUACAAGUCCGAGGAUAUGGUCGUUUUGACUCCGUACAUGGGUCAGCUGUCAUUGCUGAGACAAACGCUGAGUGAGAUAAAUGACCCAUAUCUGAACGAACUAGACACCCAUGACUUACUACGAUUGUCAACGGUAGAUAACUACCAGGGAGAAGAAAGCGACAUUGUGAUUAUAUCAAUGGCCAGAAGCAACAAAAAUGGCGACAUUGGAUUUCUAGUUGCCUGCGAACGAUUAGUGGUACUCAUGUCACGAGCGAGAAAGGGUAUCAUUUUAUAUGGAAAUAUGAACACCUUCCUGGCUAGCAAAAAAGGUGGUGAGCUCUGGAAGAAGUAUUUUGAUGCCAUGAAGGAGAAAGGAUUCUUGUUCGAUGGAUUACCAGUUCACUGCGAACAACAUCCAACCCGACUUUCUCUUCUCCAAAAACCGCAAGAUUUUGAUCAGCACUGUCCUGAUGGGGGCUGCGCAGAAUCAUGCGGCGCUGUUCUUGGCUGUGGGAAGCACACGUGCGAACGCAGAUGCCAUCGACUAACAGAUCAUUCACAAGUGCCAUGCACUAAAAUGAUGAAGAAGACAUGCGAGCGAGGCCACAACAUCAAAUAUCUAUGUGGAAAAGAGAACCAAGGCUGUAAGUCGUGCGCCAAAGAAGACGAAGAAAUGCGACGAAGAGUCCAGCGAGAUUUGGAUAUGGAGAAAAAGCGACAGGAGCGACAGGAUAGAUACCAGCGUGAUCUGCAAGAAAUGGAUGAUGAGAUUGAUCAUCAUCGGCGCAUAAUGAAAUAUGAGCAGGAGGAGGCGGACCAAGCAAAAGAACUUGCGGAGAAGAAAUCCCACCUUGAGAGUCUCAGACAGACAAAGGCCAGAAUAGAAGCCUCGAAAGCCGCAGCCAGCAAACAAAAGAACGCCAGCGACAAAGAACAAAAGAAAAGCCAACAGAAGCAACCGUCUACUAAUUAUGCGGAUCUGGAUCUCCCAGCGCAAGAAUGGGAGGACAUGAAGCGAGAUGAUGGAGCUCGCAACGACGCUUUGGAUGAUCUCAUGGGACUCAUUGGUUUGGAAUCAGUGAAGAGGGAGUUUCUCUCAAUCAAAACCGACGUCGACAUCAAAAUCCGUCAAGGAGUGGCUCUCUCCGAUACAAGGCUUAGUUGCUCGCUCCUUGGAAAUCCCGGCACAGGCAAAACAACCGUGGCCCGUAUAUGGGGAAAGUUCCUCACCGGAAUAGGAGCCAUUCCCGGUGAUUGCUUCAAAGAAACCACAGGAUCAAAGUUAGCGAACAUGGGUGUCAAAGGUUGCGAAGAUCUACUUGAACAGAUCAAAGAAGAUGGCGGUGGUGUCCUGUUCAUCGACGAAGCCUAUCAGCUUUCAUCCGGCAAUAGCCCAGGCGGCAAAGCAGUCUUGGAUUAUCUUCUUGCCGAGGUUGAAAAUCUUCGAGGAAAAGUUGUCUUCGUACUUGCUGGCUAUUCUAAGCAGAUGGAGUCCUUCUUUGCACACAAUCCUGGAUUUCCCAGUCGGUUCCCCAUUACAAUGAACUUUGAAGACUAUACCGACGAGGAGCUGCUGCGGAUCCUUAAGCGUCAGGUAAAUCGAAAGUAUAAUAACCAGAUGGAAAUUGAAGAUGGUCCAGACGGUCUUUACUUUCGCAUUGCUGCCCGCCGAGUUGGACGAGGUAGAGGCAAAGAGGGAUUUGGUAAUGCGCGAAGCAUCGAAAAUUGCCUUGCCCGCAUCGAAAAGAGACAGGCAAACAGGAUUCGACUUGAGCGCCGGGCCAAAAAAUCCCCCAACGACUUCCUCUUCACCAAAGAAGACAUCAUCGGCCCAGAGCCAUCGCUGUCUCUGCAGAGUUGCAAGGCAUGGAAGAAGAUGAAUGAGAUGAUAGGCCUCAAGGAGGUGAAAGAGCAAGUGAAAAUCUUACUCGACUCGCUGACGACAAACUAUGAACGUGAACUUGCUGAAGAGCCCCCGAUGGAGUUCACUCUCAACAGAGUUUUCCUUGGGUCCCCUGGGACAGGCAAAACUACGGUCGCUAAGUUGUAUGGCGAGAUUCUCGGAACCCUUGGCCUCUUGUCUAAUGGAGAAUUGGUGAUAAAAACUCCCGCAGACUUUAUCGGCUCUGCUCUGGGGCAAUCAGAGUCCCAAACGAAAGGGAUCCUUGCCUCAACAACCGGCAAAGUGCUAGUGAUUGACGAGGCAUACGGACUAUACGGCGGAAAGGGAGUUACCGAUCCUUACAAGACGUCCGUCGUAGAUACAAUUGUCGCAGAGGUUCAAAACGUGCCCGGUGAUGACCGUUGCGUCAUUCUCAUAGGCUACCAGGAACAGAUGGAAGAAAUGUUCCAGAACGUCAAUCCUGGACUAAGUCGACGGUUCUCGGUGGACACGCCAUUUGUGUUUGAAGAUUUUGACGACGAUGGGCUGAGACAAGUACUGGAUCUUAAGCUAAAGGCUUCGGGCUUCACUACCACGGGCGAAGGCAAGACAGCUGCACUCGAAGUGCUCAUCAGAGAACGAAACAGGCCUCAUUUCGGCAAUGGAGGCGCAGUGAUAAAUCUUUUGAGCAAAGCAAAGGCUUCUUACCAAAAACGGUAUUCCGCUAGAAAGAUAAAAAAGAGGAACCAGUUGGAGGCAGAAGACUUUGACGAAGAUUUUGAUAGAUCUACCAGAACAGAGACGAACGUGAAACAGCUGUUCAAAGACGACGUUGGGCGCGAAGAUAUCAUUCAAAAGCUUGAAAACAUUCAGUCACGAGUGCGACAACUGAAGGCUCUUGGAAUGGACGUCAAGGAAGAGAUCCCAUUUAACUUCUUAUUCCGAGGCCCGCCUGGCACAGGGAAAACGACCACAGCCAAAAAGAUGGGCAAGGUCUAUUAUGACAUGGGCUUCCUUUCCAAUGCUACAGUGGAAGAGCGUUCAGCCACAGAUUUGAUUGGGCAGUAUGUCGGCCAAACGGGACCGAAAGUUCAAGAGGUUCUUGAAAAGUCGCUGGGGAGAGUGUUGCUCAUUGAUGAGGCUUACCGAUUGGCCGGGGAUGGGUAUGCCAAAGAAGCCAUUGAUGAGCUGGUCGGCCUCAUCACAACGCCAAAAUAUCAAGGCAAACUCAUCAUUAUCUUGGCAGGGUAUGAACACGAUAUAAAUCGGCUUUUAGCCGUGAAUCCUGGGUUGACAAGCCGCUUCCCCGAAAGUAUCGACUUCAAGCCACUCGAGCCAGAUGCCUGUUUCAGACUUCUUGCUCACCUUGUGCGAAAAAGAAAAACGAAAAUCUCAAAAAGAGGCAAGGAUCUGGAUAUGAGUUGCUUGGAAAAUCCCUCUGCAUUGUUUCUCAGCGAUUGUACAACUAUUCUUGCUGAGUUAUCAAAAUCCGAUGGAUGGGCGAGUGCACGAGAUGUGGAACAGCUUGCCAAAAACGUCUUCCAAACCGUAAAUUUGGUGCUGCCGUCACUCAAGUUGGAAGAGAAAGGAGUUAUCCAGGAGCUUAAUAAGAUGCUACAAGAGCGUCAAUCCAGGAUGAACACAUCUGACUCCCCUGUUCCUAUGGAUGAGAAAGAAGCACAGUCGUCGUCCGCUCCACUGGGCCCAAGUCGAACCAGGACGAGUAUGCAAGCUCAGCAAUCCACGACUGUGGAUGAACGAAAUGAUAUAUAUGAGUCGACUGAAGAAGCGAAUAAAGAGCCCGAAUUACCAGACGAUCAAGAAUCUCGGCGAGUAGUGCGAGACGCAGGUGUAAGCGACGAAGUAUGGGAACAGCUGCAAAAAGAUCAAGCCAAGGAAGCACGCAAAAAAGCAGAAUAUCGCGACCUCUUGGAAGCCAGAAAAAGCGCUGAGGCUGCUCGAAAAAAGAUUGUACAGGAACUACUCAAGGAACAAGAGUUGAAAGAAGAAGGAGAACGUCUUAGACUCGAGGAAGCAAAGAAGAAGGCUGAAGCUGCACGCGAAAAGAUUUUGCGACAACUCAUCGAACAAGAAGAAAGGAGAAAAAAAGAAGUAGCGAAACAGGCAAAAAUCAGAGCUCUUGGAAUAUGUCCCGCGGGAUUUAAUUGGAUUAAACAGAAUGGAGGUUACCGGUGUUCGGCGGGAGGGCAUUUCUUGUCUGAUGCUGAGAUUGAUAAGCAUAUGCAGUAG